ACCCAACCAUAUCAGUAAGCAGCAUAAACCGCUUAUGAAUGUCGAACAUCGCGCGUUCUUCAUGCUCGUAUCCAGUCCAACCACCAGCAUCAUCGUGUUUCAGAUUCUUCCUCUCGCGUCAAACAUCGUCGUGCUUCAGUAAUCACCAUGGAGCAUCACAUUUUCAUAAUAGUUUCAAGCUCCAAAUCCAAUCGCAGCGAACCACCCGAAGAACGAGGCUCCAAUCACCGAGUCGCGUUCCAAACUCGCCAUCACCAACUCCAUUCAGGAUCGUAACUGAAAAUGAAAAAACAUCAUCGAAAAUGGAUCGAGGAACUUACCGGAUUGAAGUUUCGAUUGUAAAUAGGUACAUCGUGAGGUUCCAAUUUUCCCUGUUAUGCUCAUGUCUCGCGUUUGGCAUUGUAGUUUUUGAAGUUUGCUUCAUGAAUUAUGCAGGUGGAUGGAAGGUCUUGGAGAUUGGAAGGGUUAUGUUUGCUGCAGGAUUUUGGUUGGUGUGUUAUGCACAAAUUGAACAAGUUGUUGGGCUGAUUCUGCAGAGCUUUCAUGAGCUGCAAUGUGUUGGAGAUCCUACUGGCUUGAUUUGGUUUAAUGAAAUUUAUAUUAAUGAAACUUAAACAUUGAAUGAAAUUUAUAUUAAUGAAAUUGGAAUUAGUUAUGUAUUAAUUUGAGUUAAAUGGACUUUGAUUGGAAUCA